CAACAUGCGGAAUUUGAUGCACGAAAGCAAGUAUUCAAACUAGGCAAGCCUUUAUUACGCAUUUCGUAACGUAAUACGUGCGUUUGGGCCUGUUUGGGCGCUGGCGCAGUGAUACGUUGCGCAACGACUAUGGAAUGUAGCUCGGAGGAAACGGAGACAACGUAGGUGUAUUUCCGGAAAAAUGUCUUACUUCCGGAAAUUUGGGCCCUUUCACAGACUUUUUUGACAAAAGCCAGGCUUCGUGGGCCUGUCUUUUAAUCGUCGCAGCAUCAAAGGCUGAAGGAGUGCUGGAUGUUUUCCAAGAGGAACCCGUUGAUGACACAAUGGAGAUUUCGUUGCCACUGCAACUUGUGCCACAGCCUUCCCUGUCCCUCGUGGACCUUGGAAAACAGCUUCUGGAGUCUGCGCGCAAUGGCGAGACUGAAGAAGUUCGUCAACUCAUGACUAGUGGUGCUCCUUUCACUACUGACUGGUUGGGCACAUCUCCCCUGCAUAUGGCCGCUCAGAAUGGGCACGUAGCCACUGCUGAAGUGCUUCUGCGGGCCGGCAUCAGCCGAGACGCACGCACCAAGGUGGACCGCACUCCGCUGCAUGUGGCAGCCCAGGAGGGCCACUUGGAUGUGGUGGAGCUGCUGCUCAAGCACUCUGCUGACAUUGAGGCCAAGGACAUGCUGCGCAUGACACCCCUUCAUUGGGCAGUGGAGAGGGGCCAUCUGGAUGUGAUCAAAUGUUUGCUGCGGUGGGGUGCGGAUGUGAGUGCCACCAGCAAGUUUGAGAAGUCGCCGCUUGACAUCGCCCUGGACAACGACUAUGUUGAAGUGGUCAGGGUGCUUCAGGAACAUGUUUGCAAUCCGACCCGGACCAAAGAGACAGUGGAACAAACUUUCAUUCUGCCCAUCUCACAAGUGACUAAGGUCCCAGCUGGGGCCUUGGGCACUGCUCACAAGGUUCUCAAGACCAUCCCUGCUGCCACAACUGCACUGGUAACUGCUGGAAGUCCCACCAUCAUCCAAGCCAAAGCAACUGGGAUGGUGACACCAACACGCACUGUGUUUGUGGCUGCCAAGGCACCAAACACAACUACUGUCAAGCGAGCCACAGUGACCAAAGUUGUGCCUGCCGCCUCUGUAGCCGCUUCUGCUGGUGGCACGGCCACUUCGGCGGCUGCAAGCGCCUCCACCACGACCAUCACCGCCGAAGAAAUGAGCAGUGACCAGGGAAGCCCUUCGGUCCUGGCCACUCUUGCAGCGCUUGCAGAGGCCACUGCCCCCAAUGCAACAACGUUAUCUUCAAAUGAAGCUGUUCAGUGGCUCGAGACGCAUGGCAUUACAAUGCUGCCUGCAGACAAUUCCACCAUUGUGGCUUCAGCGUUGGAAGGCGGCCAAACAAUAUCACUCACAGAUGCUGGUAAACUGGCCUUGAACUGGGUAAAGGAUCAGCAGUCUGUUGCUGCUGAUGGAACCACCAGUGAAGUUUCCCUCUCCAAUGUAGCCACUGCUGGAAGCCAGAAAGUGAUUGCCAUAGUGACCGACCAGUCACAGAUCCCGUCUCUAGUCACUGCGGGUGCUGGCCAGUCACCAUUUGUCGUCGUUUCUGGUGCCACGUUGAAGGCAGCAGAUGGCAGUGCCUCGCACAUGAUCAUCAAGGGCCCCAUGGAGCCGCCCAUAAAGCGCAUCAGGAGGGUGUCCAUUCCCGACAAAGUCAAUGGGAAGUCGGCAGCUGCACCCGUUGUUGUGACAGAAUCUCAGGCCAAAUCCCCGGUGGAUCAGGAGAAGGAUAAGCUCCAGCGGGAACUGGAGGUCCUUCGUAAACAGGCAGAGCAGUACAAGGCCCAGCUGCAGCAGAAGUCUCAUGAAGCGGAGCAGUACAAGAAGCAGCUGGAGGAGAUGAAGUCCAGCAGCUGAGAGGAGGAAGAGCAUUGUACGGCCAUCGUCAUCUCACCUGGGCUUCUUGGGGAAGAGGGCUUUCUUUUUCUUUAUUGCCUGUACAUACUGCACAUUAAAGUACACUCACUGUUUUUAUAA